CGCCGUGCCGCCCGGCUGCUGCGCGUCCUGGAGAUCGGGAGGAGAAGAUGCGGCUGAGCGGCCGGCGCGGACUGAAUGCACGACGGGCCCCGGCUGACACGCUCGUUUCCACUUUCCACGGCCAGUUUCUCGCCUGAAAUCGCCGUUUUGAUGCGGGUCUGUCACCGGAGCGCCGCGGAGAGCGACCAGCAGUAACGGGCCGGAGGAGGAGGAGGAGGAGGAGAAGGAGGAGGAGGAGGAGGAGGAGACGGGAGAGCAGCGAGUGACUGAGAGGAGUUUGGCAUCAAAUUGCACCGGAUGUCAUUACACGCUGUUAAAUAUCGAGCACCAUAACCGGGAACCAAAGGCAGAGCCAUGGAGGCUGUCACACAUCUGUUGAAUGACACUGUAGAAUUUUACAAAUGGGGCCUUACUAUAGCAGACAAGAGGGUGGAAGGCUGGCCGAUGAUGUCGUCCCCCGUCCCCACCCUGGCCAUCAGCUGCCUGUACCUGCUCUUCCUGUGGGCGGGGCCUAGAUACAUGCAGGAGCGCCAGCCCUACAUCCUCAGGAAGACCCUCAUAGUCUACAACUUCAGCAUGGUGGUCCUCAACUUCUACAUCGCCAAAGAGCUCCUACUAGCCUCUCGGUCAGCCGGCUACAGCUACCUCUGUCAGCCCGUCAGCUACUCCGACGACGUCAACGAAGUCAGGAUAGCGUCUGCUCUCUGGUGGUACUACAUCUCCAAAGGAGUGGAGUUCCUGGACACCGUCUUCUUCAUCCUGAGGAAGAAGUUCAACCAGGUCAGCUUCCUCCACGUCUACCAUCACUGCACCAUGUUCAUCCUCUGGUGGAUCGGCAUCAAGUGGGUCCCCGGUGGACAGUCAUUCUUUGGUGCAACCAUCAACUCGUCCAUCCACGUGCUCAUGUACGGAUACUACGGCCUGGCCGCUUUGGGACCUCAGAUACAGAAGUACCUCUGGUGGAAGAAAUACCUCACCAUUAUUCAGAUGAUCCAGUUCCACGUGACCAUCGGCCACGCCGGCCACUCCCUCUACACCGGCUGUCCGUUCCCCGCCUGGAUGCAGUGGGCCCUGAUCGGCUACGCCGUCACCUUCAUCAUCCUCUUCGCCAACUUCUACUACCACGCUUACCGGCGCAAGCCCUCCGGGCAGAAGGGGGGGAGGCCCGCGGCCAACGGAAGCUGCGCGGUAGCCAACGGUCACAGCAAAGCGGAGGAGGUGGAGGAGAACGGCAGCAGGCAAAAGAGAGGAAGAGCGAAAAAGGAGUAAAGGCUGCUCAGCGAAUAUAUAUAUAUGUAUAUAUGUAUAGAAUAAUAUAUAUAUACAUAUAUACAAUUAAAAAGACAGUCGUUUUGAGGAACAUAGAAGGAGGGUGGGCAGGGAUGAACAGGAACCGGACUGGCUUCACCGUCCCUGCACAUUACGUAGAAAGUGUGAUUCGUAAAGCAACUUGGAAAGGUGAAAGGGUAGAAGUGUGUGUUUGUGUCUGUAAGGGCUUGUGAGAGGAAGAGAGGGGUGUUGGUUGUCUCCAUAACAAGAACGAUGCUCAUCAUUUAGGCUCCAGGCUCCUCUGUCCAACUAGAUUUUGGACCGUAAUAGGACCAAAGAAUAAUAAGUAUUAUAGGACCUACAAUGUGCUCGGCAUCCACUAACUUAUCAACCAAAAUUCCCCUCCAACUUUUGUACUCUGGGUUCCAGUAUUGUUUUAACUGAAAGCUUAAGUAGUCUUUAAUAUGCUAAUUUAUUUUCUAGCGCUCUAUAAGAGCUUUAAUCAAUUUAACUAUUAACAACAAAGCAACAUGCAGAUGCAUUUUUUUUCUUGGUUCGCGCGGUAAAUGUAUGUUUACUCAUAAUCAGAGUUGAGAACAAUGAGCAGACGACUGAACUGCCAUUUACUGUAUUUGAGUACUCUUUGUUCAUCUAACAAUCCAGAUGAUUGUUAGAUUACCCUCUGAAAACUUAACUGUCAUUUGCAUUUACACAAUUACACGUUUUCUUUGUGAUCAUUGUUAAUAAUAAUGUGGUUUAAAAAAGACUUUGAGGGAGGGGGACUGUAGUUUAUUUUAUUAAUGCAAAUGUCUGGGUAUCUUUGUGUUAACAUUUUUUGUGCGUCCUCAUGAUUUAUUUAUUUUUGCUCUGCAAUGUAGGCGAGGUGCAAAAAUAAGAGAUUAAAAACUCGGCUGAAUAUUGUCUCCGCCAUGUAGGACACUUUUUUUCUUUUUUUUAAAGAAAACAAAUGGUUAUUUCAUUGUCUCAAUAGAAAUAAAAGCUACACAGCUUCUAGCUGCAAAUAGAACUGAAAUAAAGACAAUGUCAGC